CAACCAGCCUAGGCAUUGCUCCUCUGCCCAAAUGUCUGGGCGCAGGGUAGGUUUCUGUCUGAGCGACAAGAAACGGAGACGAAUUAAUCUGGUUGCUUUUGCUGAGCUUUGUGCGAGCCACGGUGUUGAGGUGGUUGAGAUAGACCUCAGCCAGCCAUUGGAGUCUCAAGGACCCUUUGAGGUCAUUGUACACAAGCUCUCUGAUGUCAUUGUUGAGGCCGAGUACGACAGCCAAUCACAACAGCUCCUCGACAACUUCCAGGGUUAUGUGUCCGCCCAUCCCCAUACUGUUCUUCUGGACCCCCUUCCAGCAAUGAGCCAGCUACUGGAUCGCUUUGCCUCCUAUCGGAUUAUGAGCCAUCUCCAGAACUCCCUGAGAGACUGGCGAAUCAGCAGCCCUCCCUACCUGGAGAUCAGCACCAGUGACCUGUCAGUCAUCCAGGAGGACGUGGAGAGCAAGGGCCUCAGCUUCCCUCUGAUCUGUAAAACCAGGGUGGCUCAUGGAUCCCGCUCCCAUGAGAUGUCUCUGAUCUUCAGUAUGGCUGGUCUGUCAGAUGCCCACCCUCCCUGUGUGCUGCAGAGCUUCGUCAACCACGGUGCCGUGCUGCACAAGGUGUUUGUGGUGGGAGAGGACCACUUCACUGUGGAGAGGCCCUCGCUGAAGAACUUCCCCCCUGGACCCCAUGAGAGGAAGACAAUCUUCUUCAACAGCCACGAGGUGUCCAAGCCAGAGUCCUGCUCCCACCUCACUGCACUGGAUGAGAAGAUGCCAAGGCUGCCUCCCCCCAGUGGUGAGGCCAUGGUGGCCCUAGUGAGGGAGCUGAGGGCAGAGCUGGGCAUGGCUCUGUUCGGGGUGGACGUCAUCUUCAACAUCAACACACAUACCCUCACCAUUAUCGACAUUAACAUCUUCCCAGGCUAUGAGGGAGUGCCUCAGUUCUUCUCCUCCCUCCUCAGUCACAUUGAGUCAGUAUUGGACCACCGGGAACUGGAAGUCCCCCAGGCAACAUGUCCUCCUGCUCCAUCUGCCCCCCAGGCUGACCUCUGAACUCUGACCUGGGUUCACCGUUGACCCUUGACCCUGACCUGGUUCAUCCGCUCUGAUACAUCCAGAAAGCCCCUGGAAGUAGGAGACCUAAUUGACGAUGGUUGCCUUUAAAUAAGUCUCAUAAUCUGGGUCUGAGUCACCUCUCCUUGCAGACACAUAGGUGUCAGGAUUUUGUAUGAAUAGACAGAGACUCUGAUCAGUCAAUGAAGACAACCAACCACUACUAUUAUAGAAGUAACAAUGAUUGAGAAAUAUCAUACAUUGUGAUUUUAUUGAUUGACAUGUAGCAUAUAAGACACAGCAGGCACAGACGCAGGACUCUGAUUGGGCCAGUACAAUUACAAAUGUUGACCUCCACUAAUUUGUCCUUUACAUCCCACUUACAAUCCACAACCCUUUGCUGAUUAAAUACAUUUGGUAAAUACAUUUCUAAAUGUUGAAAUGGUAUACAUUCUUGAGUAAAUCUCACAACACGUAGUGAGUAGCCAGUUUGACUUCUUACAUGGUGUUGAUGUGUUUUAUAUUAGUUUUAUAUGAGUCCGAACAGUUACCAGUGUUAUAUAAUUAAACAAUAAGGACCGAGGAGGUGUGGUAUAUGGCCAAUAUACCAUGGCUAAGGGCUGUUCUUACGCACUACACAACACGGAGUGCCUG